AAUCAAAAUAACCAUUCGUCAAGUAGCUAAUCCGCCAUUUCCUACAUCACAAAACCCCUCCCCCGCCAAUUGAUACCCUCUCCCUCUCCCUCUCUCAGACAAUGCCGGCGACGUUACGUCGCUUUCUCACCGCCACUCUCCGACGCCCCAAUAUCCUCUCUCCUCAACGCCCACCUCUCUCCUCCCGCCACGUAAUCCCUGACCCUUCAUUUCCGUUCACCCUCCCGUCACUCUAUCACCGCCUCCUAUCCUCCUCCUCCUCCUCCUCCGCCGCCCAAAACCCCCCGGACUCAUUCCGAACCCGAACCCCACUGGAGAAGCAAUUCGAAACAUGGGUCCAGAAACUCAAACCCGGAUUCGGCCCACCCGACGUCGACGAGGCCCUGAAAGCCCAAUCGGAUCCCGACCUCGCGCUCGACAUUUUCCGAUGGACGGCCCAGCAGCGCAACUACAAGCACAACCACUCCACCUACCUCACCAUGAUCAAAAUCCUAAUCAACGGCCGCCGCUACCGCCACGCCGAAACCCUACUUGAGGAGGUGGUCGCCGGAGCUUGUGAGAUAAGUGUCCCGCUUUAUAACUCCAUUAUUCGAUUCUGUUGUGGAAGAAAGAUGCUCUUCAAUCGCGCUUUUGAUGUGUACAAGAAAAUGUUGAAUUCGGAGAAUUGUAAGCCCACAUUGGACACCUAUGCAUUGCUGCUUAAUUCAUUGCUCAGGAGGUUUAAUAAUAUCACUGUUUGCCAUGUGUAUUUGCGGUCGGUGAGGUCGUUGUCGAAGCAAAUGAAGGCAUCCGGUGUGAUACCGGAUACUUUUGUGUUGAAUAUGAUCAUCAAGGCUUAUUCCAAGUGUUUGGAAGUUGAUGAGGCACUUCAGGUUUUUCGGGAAAUGGGGUUGUAUGGAUGUGAGCCGAAUGGUUAUACUUAUGGUUACAUUGCCAAAGGGUUGUGUGAGAAGGGGAGGGUAGGUCAGGGUUUAGGGUUUUACAAGGAAAUGAGAGGGAAGGGUUUGGUGCCUAGCAGUAGUACUUAUAUGGUUGUAAUUUGCAGUCUUGCUCUGGAGCGGAGAUAUGAGGAUGCGAGUAAUGUUGUGUUUGAUAUGUUGAGUAAUUCUAUGUCUCCUGAUUUGUUAACUUACAAAACUUUAUUGGAAGGAUUGUGCCGAGAUGGAAAAGGUGAGGAGGCAUUUGAUCUACUAGAGACUUUUAGGAGCAGGGAUAGAGCCAUGAAUGAAAAGACAUACAAGACAUUGUUAAAUGCAUUGCAUUUUGUAAAUAGGGAGUAGUUCAAUACAUGUCCUCCGAGUUCAGUUCAAGACUUGUAUUAACUAUCCUUGGUUGGAUUCAUAUAUGAGAUUUGAAUUUAUUAACUUAUCAGAAUCCCAGUUUUGAUUAUAUGGUAAUGCUGAGUGGGUGUAGUAAUGUGAAUAUGCCACAAUGUUAUAAUAAUGUAUUAGCAUGUAGUGAUGCUCUUCUUUCGGUGGCUCUCUCUAAAUCCCUAAGUGAGGACGAGUUGGGAUUGCUCAGGCUGCUAGUGAAAGUUAAUUUCUGUAGUGAAAUACAUCAAAAGACAGACACCAGCUCAGUUUUGGCUACAUUUAGACUGUAGUGGACAACAUAAUUUCUACAUUGCUCAAGGUGGAUGGUUUUCAGUUUUGCUGAGAAGAUUUUGGAACUUCAAGGACCAUUACACAGUCAUUUAAUGGAGAUGGAACUGAGUAAACUUUUCUUGAGAUGCAGUGAUCUGAUAGUUAACCUUUGAGAUGUUUACCCUGCAAUGUUUUCAGUUAGACAUUGGAUAUCAAAGUAAGAGGAUGCCAUAUAUUGAACUUGACAUUCUUGGACAUCCUGGUGAAUCUGAUUGUGUCAUCCACUGAGAUUUGAAGAUUGUAUAAGAAGUUGGUACUGUUUUUACCAUGCAUGGCUUCAAGAUUGUUGAUCAGAUUUUUACUCAACUUAAGAGGAUUCUUGUAAGUUCAUAUUAUUCUUUUCUGUUAUUGAUUGUGCUACAUAAAUAAUGAUGCUGUAUCAAUGAAAUUUUCAGCAAAUUGAAACAGUUAUUGCCUUUC